CAGCGCGGCGAUACAACACUGGCCCACCAGGCUCCUUAUUACUUUGUCAUUCGGUCUUGUACUUUAUUUUGCACAUCGCAAAUAUGCAAACAACUGAGAAAGAGCACGGAAACUUAGAUUUUUCUGGAAGUGAAGAAGCAGAAAACAGAGUGUCCAAGGAGGAUGGCACUCAUGUGGAGGUCAACGAGGAGAGCCCGCCUCAAGGAGAAGAGCAAGAUGGAGGGCGGAUCUCCAAGCUGGAGAGAGACUUGUUGGCGUUGGUCAUCGACAUCCAAACUGAAGCUGAUGCCAAAGAAUCAAUGAGAAGGUCAGAAUUGGAGGAAGCCCGCAGGAUCAGGGCCGAGAUGCUGCAGAAAGAAGCCAAGUCCAGCCAGGAGAAGUUCGAGGAGAUCACCGGCAGGUGGUCGCUGGCUGAACAGACUAUGAUCCCUCAGGAUCUGCAAGAAACCUUGACCUGGCAACAGUUGUUAUGUGCAGAGGUCAUUGAGGACAAGAAGAAAGUCAUCAAAGAUCUGCAGCAGGAGUUGAAGAGUGAAGACGAUCGCUACGUGAAGGACUUGAGGAAGCAGGCGGAGGAGAUGGACACAAUGACAAAGCGCUCGGAGGAGCUCAUCAGUACGCUGACACAGGCCUACAGGGAGGAACUAGCCCAGAUUGAGAGCGUGUACCAGCAGGAACAUGAGGUCUUGCUGACAAAAGAGCGCAGCGAAUGGGAGCGCUGCGUUAAGGAACUGUGGGACAAACAGCAAGCCAGGCUGACGAAGCGGAGGAGGGCGGUGGAGGAGUACGAAGCAAAAAUACACAACCUGAUGAUGGAUCCCGAACACAAGUGCGACGCCAUGAGGGCGGAACACGAUGCAAAGUUCCAGGGCCUGGAGAGGGAACGUCAGCAGAUGCUGGCUGACAGCAUGAUCAGCAACAUACAGCACAUGCAACUCAAAGAUGGCCGAGAGCCAUGCAACUUGGCCCACAUGAAGAGCAGAAUCACAGGUCUGCAGACUGAGCUGAAAAACCUGAGGAGCAAAUACACGAGUCAGCAGAAAGAGUCGGAGAAGCGGAGCAGGCGCUUGUCGGACGACUACAAACGCAGCGUGGAGCAAAAUGAACGCAUGCAGCUGAGAAUCAAACACUUCGCCGUGGCUGACGCCAAGCACUUUGAGGAAACAUGGCGGAUGCUGGACAAGGAGGUGAGGCAGCAGGCGGAGAAGGCCGUCCGCCUUGACUCGCUGAUAUGCAGGCAGCACCUUGGUCUUGCCUGGGAGAGACCUCAAGGAUCCUUGGCGACGCAGAGUGACGGCUCCUGUGGGAUGAGUGCAGAGGAGGAGGAGGAGAUCUCCAUGGAGACACUGAAGGAACUCAUGGAGAUGCUGUGCGAAGAGUUGGGCUUCCUUGUUGAGGACAAAGUCCAGCUGCUGUCUACUUUGGACAAGAAAGAAGAGACGGUUGUGAAGCUGGAUGCUCUUUUUAGUGCUCUUGGUAUAGAAGAAGAGGACAUGCCCAAGUUGGCUGACUUCCUGCUAAAAGAGCAGCAGGAGGAGCCAGUUAAGGAUAUUCAUGCCAGGACACGAGGAGGGGCCACCAGUUCAUCAUCUAGUCUGACCUCUGACCUCAUCCAUCCUAGCCACAUCCUGCCUGCUCUGAAGAACUUCCUCAAGCAUCACAGCCGCUUCAGAAGGAGCUCAGCCUGUGAGCAGCCUCGUUACUGGACUGCCGACAUGUGGGAUUCUUCAGCAGAUCAAACCCAUUGGGAGAGUCUGGCCAACAUCGUCCCCGAGGACAAACUCAAGGUGUGGGAUGCAGCUGAGAUUGUACUUAAAAAGCACAUGGCGGUCCUUACAGAGAUGUCAGAUUGCAUGCCUGAAAUCGAGGGUUUGGAACAGCAGAAUGCAGAACUCCGCAUGCUACUGCAAAAAAACAACUCAUAAGCUCCCAGCAGUUUCUUGACGAGGUAGCCCGGCAUGCUGUAGAGGAAGAGGCCCAGCAUGACGAGCAGGAGCAGGGCCGACACGAUCUUGAUGAUGAGCCACUUGUAGCGGUUGCACACCAGGUAGCGGAUGGCUUUCAGCGGGCUCAGGAACCACAGGAAGGUGGUGUCUGGGCGGCUGGAUAAAGGGGACGAGAGGAGGAGGCUCUUACUGUGCGCCAUGUCGUUAACCAGCAUGACUCAAAAUGAUCCACAAAGUGCGGUAGGAAGGCAUUGUUAUGAAGUGAUGACACAGGUUAUCAUGCUGAGUCGCAGUUGAGUGCCCGUCAUUUGUACCGUGAUUUUAGAAUAGAGCGCACCAUUAUAAGCCGUCCUACUUCAUUUGUUUGCGCAUUUUAUUUUGUACAUACUGUAUAUACUGUAAGUGCAUCCAUAAGCUACACAUUGAAAAAUGAAAUAUUUACACAUAUUCACAAACUACAUACCGUAUAUUUCGGACUAUUAGGCGCACUUAAAAUCCUUUUUUUUCCUCAAAACUCGACAGUGCGCCUUAUAACCCGGUGCGCCUAAUGUAAAGAAUAAGUUUGGUUGAGCUUACCGACCUCGAAGCUAUUUUAUUUGGUACAUGGUGUAAUGGUAAGUGUGACCAGUAGAUGGCAGUCAAACAUAAGAGAUACGUGUAGACUGCAAUAUGACUCAAGUAAACAACACCAACAUUUUAAAUGUUCCAUUGAAAAUAUAGAACAUUACACACGGCGCUCAUAAAUCCAUCAAAAUAUUUUAGUACGACUUUGGUAAGCUAUGAAACCGCACCGCUUGAUGGAUUGUACUGUGCUUCAACAUACACGUAUUAUUAUGGUGUGUGUAUAAGGUAAGACAUAUUAUCUGGUGUUUUGUAUUGCAAUAUUAUUUCUUACCUUCUGGUACCUGCUGAUCUGUAUUUGGGAUCUGCAUAAAUCCUGAAAAAUUGCGCACGUCCGCCUUUGUAGUCCGUGCUUACGCUGUAGUCGAUAGGCUUCUUCUUUUUCUCUAUUGUUUUUUUAUGGGACAUUCUUCCUCCGCUGUUGCCAUUUAUAAUAUAAAGUAGUGUAAAAUUCUUACUUAUUUCUGUCAGUAAACUCCCCAUGAAAGGGUUAAAACAUACCAGUGUAGUGAGUUUACAUUAUUCACCCAAGGAACUUUAGUUAUUAGAGAGUUCCGGUCUGACGUUUUUUCACGAGACACAUUUCCGGCGUUGUUGUUGCACUAGUGAACCACGGAUGAGGAGAUGCUGCUCUGUUAUUGAUUUAAGUAAAGUCUGAAUGUCAUUAAAACAGUUAGCGCCAUCUUUUGACACUCCUUCCACUCCCGUCCUUGCACGCUACACCGCUACAACAAAGAUGACGGGGAGAAGACGCUGUGAGCCACGUAAAUAAGACCGCCCACAAAACGGCGCAUCCUGAAGCGACUGUCCGAAAGCGGCUUGAAGGUGAUCUGGAAAACAUAAUCUAUGCAACAUUUUGACCAAAGAACCACCAUUACAUGUUAUGUAGACCACAAGGAAGUGUUUUAAAUUUAGAAAAAAAUAAUAAUAAUAUGACUCCUUUAAUGCGCCUUAUAAUCACCUUUUAUAUGAAAAAAGAUCAAAAAUAGACCAUUUAUCGGCAGUGCGCCUUAUAAUCCGGUGCACCCUAUGGUACGGAAAAUACGGUACAUACGGUAGCCUACAAGAAAAGUCAUUGAGUGCACUGAAAACCGCUGAAGUCGCCUUCUUCGGUGUCGAACAGACCGCUUCGUCCGACAUUUUCUCCGUCUCGGGCCAAACUUUGAAGUUCGUAAACCCGGAAAAAAACGAUAAAUUAGUCGUAUCUUUGUAAAAGCCGCAGGGUUCAAAGCGUGGGGAAAAAGUUGCGCCUGAUAGACCUAUCUGAGGUCAGGUCGAGGGUGCAGCAGCCUAAGCAGAGAGGCCCAGACUUCCUUCUCCCAAGCUACUCUGUCCAGCUCUUCCCGGGGGAUCCCUAGGCGUUCCCAGGCCAGGCUGGAGACAUUAUGAUAAAUGGGUUAUACUUGUAUAGCGCUUUUCUACCUUCAAGGUACUCAAAGCGCUUUGACAGUAUUUCCACAUUUACCCAUUCACACACACAUUCACACACUGAUGGCGGGAGCUGCCAUGCAAGGCGCUAACCAGCAGCCAUCAGAGGCAAAGGGUGAAGUGUCUUGCCCAAGGACACAACGGACGUGACUAGGAAGGUAGAAGGUGGGAGUUGAACCCCACAUUGUCUCCCCAACCUGUCCCAGGUCUUCCCCGUGGCCUCCUAUUGGUCUGACGUGACCUAAGCACCUCCCUAAGGAGGCGUCCUGGGGACAAUCCUUCGAUGUGGGCCCUUCCUAUCAUUGUGAAGCAGAAUUGUUCACCCACUAAUAGGACAGCUUAGUUUUACCCUACUGAUGCUGUGUUGUUGCAAUAGUAAUCUUGCUGAUGGAUGGGAAAUGACGGUACAUGUCAUUGCUAUGUUAUCUAUUUAUGCACUCAACCCAACAUUACCCCUACUCGAAAACUGUGAACAUUAAUGGAUAGAAGUGGGAGGACACUGGGGUGUGCGGAACGCUUUCAUAGAGCUGAAUAUUUUCUUGCGUACAUAGAUUCUGAUAGAUGUUUAACAAUGGAAUCCACACAGUUGUAUAAAUGAGACCCCAGGUCACAGCUGUGUGUGAGUAAGAUUGGGUAAGGAAGUCCGUUGUUUCUCUACCGGUUAUGGAUUCAUGUAAAAUCAAAUUGUGCCAUAUUUCGAUACCUCUGUUGCACAUGACGUCACGUCCGGGUACAGACUCAAACACUUGGCGGGAAAACAAGCAUCUUUUCUGUCUUGCCUCUGGUGAGGGCGGUUCCCCGCCCCUCUGUUGCGAGUUUGUCGUGAUUAAAUGUAAUGUGUUUAUGUGUGCAUUGCAUGGAGGUUUUUUUUCCCACUCCAGACCUUUUUCGCAUCUUUUUUGGGCGCCUUGUGGCAACCCAUCAGCGUUCCGGUUCUGUAACCCUGUACACUGUUUGUUUGUCUAAUCUUGAACGGGUUUGUGCUGAAAACAAAGUUCCGUUGUACUUGUGCAAUGACAAUAAAUGAUAAAUGAUAAAUGGGUUAUACUUGUAUAGCGCUUUUCUACCUUCAAGGCACUCAAAGCACUUUGACAGUAUUUCCACAUUCACCCAU